UUCAAUUAUUUGUUGUUUUUUUUUUAGUGAUGGGUGUUUUUGCUAUAUGGGGUUUUUUUGUUUUUGUGUUUAUCGUUUGUUGUAAGUUGUAUCUUUCAUUAUGAUUUACUCUGCAAUUAUGUUGACUGGUAAUUCUAUUUUGAUUCCCAUUUUUGAAUUUGAUUGAAGAAAUGUGUGUUGAUAGUUUUUGUAUGAAUAUAGCUUAUGAAUAUCAAUCAAUUUUUGGGUGUUUUUCAAAUUUGAUUAGAGAAAUGUGUGCAAUAAUUUGUACAAUUAACAAUUAAUUUGGUUCCCUUUCGAAUAUGGUUUGGGAAAUGUGUGAUAGAAUUUUCAUGAAAUAGUGUAUGAAUAUUAUUAUUUUUUUCUUUUUUUUGAUUCAGUUUAUGAAUAUCAAGUAAAGUAAAGUAAUUUUGGUGUGUCUUUCGAGUGAUAGAAUUUUCAUGAAAUAGUUUAUGAAUAGCAAGUAAUUUUGGGGUAUCUUUCGAAUUUGAUUGGGGAAAUUUGUGAAAUAAUUUGUAUGAAUAACAAUUUAUUUGGUUGUCUUUCGAAUUUGAUUGGGGAAACAUGCAUUUCACUUUUUGUUUCCAUUCGAAUCUUAAUCGUGACAAGUCGUUACUACUAGCAAUGACUUCCUCUAGCUUCUUUGUGGCCCAUACGAGUGCGAGAUAAAGCUUUUCAAGUGUAGAAGAUUCUUUCAAUUGGCUAGAAUCCGUUACUACUCUCAGGGAGAGGCGCGAGAGAAUGGUUCCCUUAUAAGUCUGAUUUGCAGUAUAACGGGUGUUUGUGGAAGGGAGGAAAAUUAAAGCUGGAAAAGGCGAAAGAACAUUAUAUUGACCGGUUGAAACAAGAAUGGGCAGAAGAUGCUGAACUUGUAAAUAGUGAAAAUAUUGAUUCCAGUCUAAAUGAUCUUGAUGAAAAUGUGGCUGGUUCUCUAGAGCCCAAGAGCACCCUUGAUUCUGAAAAGAUGCAGAUCCGGAUGUUCUUUCCCAAACUAAGGAAGGUGAAAGCAUUACCUUUUCGUGGAACUGGUAAACACAAAUACAGUUUCCAGCGUGUUGCAGUACCACCUCUUCCAGUUCAUUUCUGUGAUUGCCCAGAGCAUUAUGUUGACAUACAAAGUGACAAGAUGAAUGACAGAGAUAUGACAAAUCCAGUGAUGAACAAGCUUCUGAACAAGGGAACUUCUCUGAAAUCUGGAUGUGCUCAGCCCAUAAGAGGAAUGCAAGUACGUGAUACGAUAAUACAAGAUGAUGGCCUGAAUGAAGAAGAGAUUACUGUCAUGAAUUCUGUGAUGAAAAAACUCUUAGAUAGGGAGAGUGCCAAAACUGAGAGAAGGGACCGUCAUAAUACUCCACAGAUUGCUGCCCCAACUGUUGAGUCGCAAGAGGAUAAUAACGAAAUAGAUGAAGAAACAGAUGAUGAUGAUGAUGAUAUUAAAAUCAAUACGGGGGCUGGACAAGAUUUUGGACCAGAAAGUUGGGAGCUACAAACAAGCCUGCUUAAUAAGAUGGCGAGGUCAAAUGAGACUUCUAUUGAACCUUCCAAAAGUAAGCUUGGUACGCAGAUUAUAAAGGAAAAACUUUCCAACAAGAAAAGGAAAUCAGUUUCCAAUGAAAGCAAUAAAAAGGAUCCUGCAUCUCCUAUCCAUGGAAAAAAGGCCCGUUUUCAAACUCAAAUAAUGGACUCAGAGGAGCAUUCGGAAUUGAUAAGUGUAACAGGGUCCAAUACCAAUAAAUCAAUUAUAAGUGGCAUGCCGACUCAGAAGGCUUCAUGGAAAAAACUGAUUGGUGAAGGCAGUAGCAGAUCGUUCUACUUGUCACAGGCUACACCUGGUGGUGGGACUAAGAUUGAUGAACAGCCUAUAUCUGGUGGAGAAACAUCAACCGACCGCAAGAAACACAAAAGGAAUCAUGAUGUUGUGAAUGAAGAGCAUAAACCUAGCAAUACGAUACUUUCUGUGAACAAAGAACUUGAAAGGGUCAGCAACUCUGUGCCUGAAAACGUGGAUGACGAGACUAACAUUGAUGAACAGCCUAUGUCCGGUGGAGAAGCGUCAACUGACAGCAAGAAACACAAGAGGGAUAUUGAUGUUGUGAAUGAAGAGCAUAAACCUAGUAAUUUAAUAUUAUCUGUCAACAAAGAACCUGAAACGGUCAGCUGCGCUGUGCCUGAAAACAAGGAUGGCCUAGCUUCCCAGUCAAAAGAAGCUACAGAGGGACACCAGGCAGCUCAACCGGCCGGAGCAAGUGCAAGUUUAAAUAUAGCAACUAGAGGCAGUACUUGGCUGCAAAAAUCAUCUUGGAGUCAGCUUGUAGGCGGUGAAAAGAGUAGCUCCUUCAGCAUUUCACAAAUCUUGCCAAAAGAUCUACUUGAGAAGCAACAGUCAAACAAACCAAAUAAUAAUGGCACUGCAAACAACUUUUUUAGUAGUGUAACUGCUUUUGGUGGCAGUAGAAGAUCAAGGUCUGGCGUAGAUGGGGAAGAUAAUAAAAAAGAAGCCCAAAAAAUUGCUGGUACAGGUAUUCAUCCUAGUACAACUCCAAAGGCAAAUGAUUGCUCUGAUGUAACUACUGCCAAGAAGUCUGAUUCAGAGGUGAAGGUGUCCAAUCCACGUCCGGGAGUUCGAAUCAGUGAAACUUGCCCUUUUAUGAGUAGUGCUGAAUCAUUGAAAGACUGGCAAACUGCUAAAACAACACUUACUAGCUCCCAUAAAAAGAGAAACAACAACAAACAGGGUUUUGCAUAGUAACUUUCGUCUAUUUUUGGUUUCAUGAAUUGUCAUUACCUAUACUUUUAUAGUUGGGAUCAAUCAGUAUCUCAAACUUUUUUCACUAGACUAGUAUUAUUGUGCAAAUUCCAUGUAGCAAUUUUGCAGAGAAUGCUAUCGUCUAUUUUCUUGAUGGGUUGUGAAUUUUUGUAUCUUUGGGUGAGAAAUGAAAGACCUGAUUUCCUUUUAUAGUUC